UUGGUUCUCAUUCUUUUCAGGUACACCUCAAAUUGGACUUCUGUUCUCUGAGUUGCAUAAAGCAUGAAUUUUUUCUUUCCAUUCUCCUCGUAUGGACAUUAUUGGAGUGGUCAAACCCUGUAAACUUGGUGACCAGAGUACUAGUGAUAUCAUUGUACAAUUGAGAAAUAAUGAAGGAAGACCUGAAAGUUUCUACUCUCACUCAACCGUUCUUAUAAGUAAGAGCAAAUACUUUGCUGAUAAGCUCUCCUGUCUGGACUCUGGCAAAUGCAUUCAGAUUCACUGCUCAAAGUUCAAUUAUGAUUAUCAUGUCAAACUUUUAAGAUUGCUGUAUCUCCCCGUUGACUCACUUUUGGAUUCUUUGGACACUGUCAAAUCUGCUAUUGGUAUUCUUCAGCUAGCCAUUGAUUUCGGUUGUGAAGAGAUCACAAAGGGCUGUGUCCAGUAUCUGGAGGCCAUUCCUUGGGAGGACAAGGAAGAGGAAGAAAUUCUAAAAACAGUUUCAAAGCUGGGACCAAUAGCCAUGCCUAUAUUAGCCAGGAUCCAACCUGUAGAUCUAAAGGCUACAAAGAAUGUUUUUGUUUCCGCUGUUCGCUUUGCCACUAACAUUGGUGGAUCAUGUCCACCAUUUGAUGCCAAUCUUAAAACAUCUGCUCAAGAACAAGUUGAAUACAUGCUAGCAGAAGAUGCUGACACCCCACUGGUUACUGCUGAUGAUGAAGUAAAAUCAGUAGUGAAAAUGGGUCUUUCCAAGGUUUGUUCUUCAUUUGAAAAGGAAUUGUCUUCCUUGCUUUUGGAGUCUGAUCUCACAUCUGAGACAGCAGAGGAUAAAAUAAUGCUGUGUCUAUCAGAUAUUGAAUGGAUGUCUAACAUACUUCUGAAGAUGAAUUUGAUGAACGAAUUCGUUUUAAAUUGGACUGAAAUCUCUGAUAAGAUAUUGGCGGUUAUUGAAGAUAAGAAACUUGAUUCUUCCAUGUGGGCAUUGAAAAUAAAGGUAAUAGAAUUGACAGGAAAAGUCUUGGAUGCAGUUGGUUAUGGAACUGUGAUACUCCCGGCGCCAUCCCGUGUAAGAUUGCUAAAGACAUGGCUACCUUAUAUAAGAAAAAUGAAGCCUCUUCUGGAAGUGAAGAGUAGCAAGGAGGUAGAUUUUCCUCACAAGAUGGACGAAGACCUCUGUGGGAACAUAGAGGAAGCAAUCGUCCAGCUAGUACUGGCGUUACCAUCAAAUGAUCAAGCUGAAAUACUAACAGACUGGUUGAAAACCGAGCAGGUAAAGUAUCCAGACUUGAGCGAGGCCUUUGAAGUGUGGUGUUACAGAACUAAGUCAGCAAAGAGAAGAUUGCUGGAAGGAGGGUUGGAUAGAGUAGGCAAUGCCACCCUUAGCCUUUGAGGUAUUAUUAUUAUUGUAUUCAUGUUGUAAAAUUAAAUUCCAUCGUCUAUAUUCCUGAAAGUUCUAUUUGAUUUUUCCAUUUUAAUGGAGUGUCCAAGAAAUUGAACAGAUAAUGCUUCCAAAUAUGAUUCAGAACAAGAAUCAAUCACCAUUUUUGAUCGAGAAUAUGCUAACAAUAGCCC